AUGUCCCAAGCAUUCCGUUUCCCGGCCGGCCCAGCAAAGAUCCGGACUCUCUACAUCCGAGUCAAGCCAGCACCAACCAAUCUGGCGGAGCGACGCGCUGUCCUCCGCGCCCUGAGCCAACAUGGCAACAUUGAGAUGUUCAAACAACUCUACGACUCCUCCUCCUUCAUCUCCGUAGCAUCAUCCCAGAACGUAGCUGCCAGCAUCGUUCGAAGAAGUCCUCUUCAGUUCGAUGUUCUCGCUCGAAACUCGUUCGACCCUCGUGUCCCCGACUCCAUCCGACUACCACCACCCAUCGAUACAUCGACAGCCGUCUCACUACCUAGCGUCGCUGCCACUGGCACUAUCACGAAUUCAAACUCUAAGCCCGGGCAAACAGACCUCAAUUCACGACAGCUGCCACAAUGCCCGUCCUCAUCCAAACUUCCAACUCUGCCCGAGCGAGACCCGACCGCCCUCGUAACCAAGACCUUUGUCCUUGAAGCCUUCCACGCCCCCGAAUACCCGCACAAGGAACACAUCCGCAUGUCCCCUCUGUACGGGCCCUGGCCACGCGACGAUUCCGAUCCAUCUUCCUACGACACCCCCACGUCACCAAAUAGGCUGACCCUCACCUCCGCCGCCCUGCGCGCUUCGGUGCCUCAAGACAUGGCCUACACCGGUCUGCACGACUGGGAAUCGGCGGGCCAAGAUGCCAUAGACGUCGAGGAGGCCGCAGCUAUUGAGGAGGGGAUCUCGGCGGACUCGGCGACGAUGGUGAGGACGUGGAGAGCGUUUUGGAGGGAAAGGGUAGACAAAGGGGAUACAUUGCAGUAUAAAACUGGGACAAAAGGUGAUAUGGGCAGCGCGUAUAGCCAUAUCAUGAAGAGGAAGAUGAAGCAAGAGAACAAAAAGAAUCUUCAGAAGAUGCUGUCUAUAUAG